AACUAAACUUCAAAGUUGAUAGGUACGUCAAUUUACCAAAAAACAUAAACAUUGCAUAAUAACCUCAAAUUUUACAAAGAAAUCAUAAAAUAAUCCAUGAAAUCACUCCCGUAAAAUGUCGCUAGAGCUUGAAGAUGAAGUUUUUUCAGACCUUAAGUCGCCGCCUAUUUUCGAAGAUUUAAGCGAAAGAGUGAAAAAUUAUUUGCUGAAACCUGAAAGACUGGCCAUCCAUAAAUGGGAGAGAUCACAGACACACUGGCAUAGAACUACUGAUAUCGAUUCUUUGUUUAAAAUCGACGAUGAUGAUUUAGGGCUUGAUACUACUUUAGAAGUUGUCCGAGACCCUCUUACGGGUGAAAUUAUAGGCUUAGAAGAGGUAAGUAUACCAGUCGAAGAUGACGAGGAUAGUCUCUCAAUGUCCCGAGCGCCACUCCCUCCCAGCCAGGCCACCCGGGGGAGCACCAUGCAGAAUCCCUUCUUACCGGCUGGCUUUGAGGAGGAGUUGCAGCAAAUGCUGGACGAAGCGGCUAAAAUUGGGGAGACAUUGAUAGAUUUGGAGGAUGAUGAACCUGGAAAGUUCCUUGGAGAAGAAAUUUUAACAACUGCGCCGGGUGCAAAAGAAAGUGUUGUUUUUGCUAAUGAUGGCAUGACAUUGCUCAGUGAAGUGAACAAAGAUGCACCUCAAGAACAAAGUGAAGAGGUUGAACAAAUUGAUAUAAACUUGGAAGAAGUUGUGGAAAGCCAUACACAUUUAGCAGGUCUUUGGCAAGAUGAUAAUGAACAAGAAGAAACUAAAAAGCCCAAACCAAAGAAAGUGCACAUCGAAAUAGAACAAGACCCAGCCGAAGAUAACUUCCUAGAAAGCACAGUCAUACAUCCUCCUGUGGAACUUCCCGAGAUACCAGUUCUAAACAUUACCAACUCUGCUGCCAAAAUGGGAAUCACUUCUACGGAGUGGGCGGAAAUGAUAGAUGUUUCUCUACCUGUACCAGACUUCAGAGAGAAAAUAAAAGAUAUGGCGCAUACAUAUCCUUUCGAAUUGGAUAUUUUCCAGAAACAGGCUAUAUUGAAGUUAGAGGAAGGCCAUCACGUUUUUGUCGCGGCGCACACAUCGGCGGGCAAGACUGUGGUGGCUGAAUAUGCUAUUGGAAUGUCAAGAAGAAAUUGCACCAGGGCAAUCUACACAUCACCAAUAAAGGCUCUGUCAAAUCAGAAGUACAAUGAUUUCAACAAAACUUUUGGCGAGGUUGGCCUACUGACUGGCGAUCUUCAAAUAAACGCCACUGCCUCUUGCCUUGUCAUGACAACGGAGAUCCUACGCUCUAUGUUGUAUUGUGGCUCUGACGUAACCAGGGAUCUAGAAUUUGUUAUCUUCGAUGAGGUCCAUUAUAUUAAUAAUGCUGAGCGUGGUUACGUAUGGGAGGAAGUAUUAAUCUUGCUGCCAGCUCACGUCAGCAUAGUGAUGUUAAGUGCAACCGUACCCAACACGCUACAGUUUGCAGACUGGGUGGGCCGUACCAAGAAACGAAAAGUGUACGUGGUGUCUACACCUAAACGACCUGUGCCGCUUUGCCACUAUCUAUACACAGGUUCCGGUGGCAAGUCUAAGCACGAAAGAUUCCUAGUAGUCGACCAAGAAGGUAACUUCCAAUUGCGCGGAUACAAUGAAGCAGUGGCCGCUAAGAAAGCCAGAGAGAAUGAGUACAAGAAGAGUUUUGGACCUAAAGGUGGCAAACAGUUCGGGAACCCGAAGGCGGAGCAAACUAUGUGGGUUGCCUUUAUUGACCACCUUAGGUCUAGUGACAAGUUGCCUGUGGUAGCCUUUACUUUGUCUCGUAAUAGAUGUGACCAAAACGCCGAGAGCUUGCUGUCGGUAGACUUGACGACGGCAAAAGAGAAGAGUCACAUACGAAACUUCUUCUCCAAAUGUCUACAGCGUUUAAAAGAACCGGAUAGACGGUUGCCUCAAGUAAUUCGACUGCAACGUGUAUUGGAGAAUGGCAUCGGCGUUCACCACAGCGGUAUUUUGCCUCUGCUUAAAGAAAUCGUCGAAAUGUUGUUCCAAACUGGUCAUGUAAAACUUCUAUUCGCGACGGAAACUUUCGCAAUGGGCGUAAACAUGCCGGCCCGUACCGUGGUAUUCGAUGAUAUAACAAAAUUCGACGGCGUACAGUCCCGCAGCUUGGCGCCGGCUGAGUACAUACAGAUGGCGGGCCGCGCUGGCAGGCGAGGUCUUGAUGACACGGGCACAGUCAUUAUCCUAUGCAAGGAGGGAGUGCCUGACCAAAUGACGCUAAAGGGCAUGAUGUUGGGUACUCCGCACAAAUUGUCCUCGCAGUUCAGGCUUACAUACGCUAUGAUACUGAGCUUGUUACGGGUUGCCACAGUAUCAGUAGAAGGAAUGAUGCAGCGUUCGUUCCGAGAGUUUCACCAAGUAUGCCAAGCAGACAACUACCGAAAACAGUUAGAAAUUGCCGAAAAAGAGUAUUCCGAAAAAUGUAGUACGCCUUUAUCGUCACAUUUGACACCCCUAGCCACAUUCUACGAUACUGCGGUGGCUUAUAUCGAAGUUUUGAAUGAAAUAAUGCCGAUUCUAUUAAACCAGCCCAAGGUUGUGAAGGAGUUUGUGCCAGGAAAGGUUCUUAUACUGUCUGCGGGUCCUUAUAUCAAUCAAUUGGGUGUUUACUUAAGUGGAAACGGUCCCCGUCUGACGCCAUACAAAGUCUUAGUACUGAACACGGCGGAAAAAGACACGGCACGAUACAACUUCGAUGUAGACGACAACUGGUACAGAAUGCUGAGCUUCUCGGCGACUUACGACAAUAUAGGUACCGAGGAAAGUACAAUGGAUCACACGAUCUUGUGCAUCGCACCGAAGAACGUGGUGGCGCUAACUAAAAUGAAUCUUAAGAUAGACCACAGCAUCAUCAUACAAGACUGGGAGAAGAGACAAAUGCCAAGGUUCAAAGAUGCUCCGGUGGGGUCAACUUGCGCAAGCGCAGUUCAGGAGUUGUCGCGAAUUUCUCACGCGGUCAGAACUGGUGCGACCACCCUCGACCGGGUCAGCCUUACACAGUCCCUCGCUAUAUCUACCGGGGAGAUUUUACACUCGCUCGAUAAAAUGAACAAGUUGAAGAACGAACUAGACGCCCAAAAGAAAGCCACCGACAUCGCAAACUUCAAAAGCGAAUUCGCGAUCGUUUACGAGCGAAAACAAGCUGAGAGAAAACGCGAUAAGUACAAACGCUUACUUUCAUUCGAAAACCUCGCUUUGUACCCCGAUUACCAAAGGAGAUUACUAGUUUUACGAGAGCUUAACUACAUAGAUGAACACGACAGCGUUAUUUUGAAAGGCCGAGUCGCGUGCUGUAUGGGAACUAAUGAGCUGAUAAUAUCAGAGCUGGUGUUUCGGAAUGUGUUUACGGAUAAGAGUCCGGCGGAAAUUGCCGCUUUGUUGAGCUGUUUUGUGUUCCAAGCGAAGACUAGGUCGGAACAAGUGUUGACAGAUAAGUUGGCGGAAGGAGUGAAGGCUAUUGAGCACAUCGAUGAGGAACUGGCGGCCAUCGAAGCUAAAUAUUUGGUGGGUCAGUUCGAGGGUCAGCCAGAGAGGUUGAACUUCGGUCUAGUGAGGGUGGUAUACGAGUGGGCUCUGGAGAAGCCCUUCGCUGAGAUAGUCGACUUGACUGACGUGCAAGAGGGCAUCAUUGUGAGGUGCAUUCAACAGCUACAUGAGCUUCUAGUAGACGUGAAAGACGCGGCAGUAGCCAUCGGCGACCCGAAGCUGCAGGCCAAGAUGAUGGAAGCGUCUACCGCCAUCAAACGGGACAUAGUCUUUGCCGCCAGCUUGUAUACUACGCAACGAGAGACUGUUAUUUCAUAAUAUCCAGAGAAGCUUUAAAGGUGGAAAGGCAGUUUUUAAAACUGCUGAAAAUGAUAUGACUAAUAAUAAUAAUUAUUCUGUUGUACACAUAAAGUAACAUAUUCUGUUGUAUACAAUCUCUAAAAUAAAGUAACAGUGGGGUGAUUCACUAACCCAGUGUCUAACACUGCAUGAUAGUCACCGAGCUUAUUUGACAUUGGUGCAUUUCUACUUUGCUGCCUUAUUGAGUAAUAUUAAAAUUAUUUAUUAAAAGAAAACCUUUAAUGGAUUAAAAAUAAAUGUCAAAUGAGUUUGAUGGCUAUCAAUCCGUGUUAGACACUGAGUUAGUGAACCAGCCUAGCCUAAAUAUAUUGCUAUCCGUUUCAUAAUGAUCAAUAGAAGCAGACGUUACUUUGCGGACUAUACCAUGAUAUACAAGAGAACUAUGCUUGUGGUUCCUUCCUUGCCUUUCAUAGUCCUGCGAAAAUGGAUAGCACUAUAUUUAGAUCCAUUAAUUUAAUAUUGUAGUUUUAUUGCAAAUAGGGACUGAUUUAUUUUAACUAUUUAUUUUUUAAACAGAUUUUUUGCAUGUAUUUUAAGCAUUUAUAUCGCAUAUGUUUUGUCUCUAUCGUACACUUACAAACAUCAAUGUAUUGAUUUCUCACUCACUCGAGAAACAAAUUUCAAGUUAGCCCUUCCCUGUAAUCUGACCUGGCGGUAAGUGGUGAUGCAGUCUGAUACAAGCAGGCUAACUUGGAAGUUGGAAGGGCGAAGGCCAUAAUUUAUUUGGAGAAAUAUACCUAAGUACUAAACAAUAAUUUUGCAUAAUAAUAUAACAUAAUAAAAUAAUAAUAAAAAAAAGUUAAAAGAAUAAAGAAAACCGUUUUUAAACUGAAUUCCUGUAUUUUAUGUUUUGUAUUGUAAGAUAAGAAUAUUUUAAAGUUAUAAGCUUUUUAAACGAGUGAUAAUAGUAAGGUAACAUAAUAAUUUUGCAUAUGUGUUUGUGUUCAUUGUUAAGUAACGUAACAUAAUAAUUUUGCAUAAUGUCUUUGUGUUUAUUAUUAAAGAAAUAAAGAAAA